AUGGGCUCCAGCGGCUCCCGCGCGUCUCAGAUCCCCGACGCCGACAGCCUUCGGCGGGAGACGGGCUUCUCGCAGGCCUGCCUGCUGCGGCUUCACCGCAGAUUUCAGAACCUGGACAGCAACAAGAAGGGCUACCUGAGCCGAGUGGAUCUGCAGCAGAUCGGGGCGCUGGCCGUGAACCCCCUAGGGGACCGCAUUAUAGACAGCUUUUUCCCUGAAGGGAAUCUGAGAGUGGACUUCCCGGGCUUCGUCAGGGUCCUGGCACACUUCCGACCUGUAGAUGACGAGGGCACCAGAACCCGGGGCCCCGAUGAGCCCGAACCCUUCAACAGCAGAAUGAACAAACUCCGCUUUGCAUUUCAGCUCUACGACCUGGACAGGGAUGGGAAGAUCUCACAGCAGGAGAUGCUGCAGGUGCUCCGGCUGAUGGUCGGGGUCCAGGUGACAGAGGAACAGCUGGAGAGCAUUGCCGACCGCACGGUGCAGGAAGCCGAUGACGAUGGGGACGGGGCCGUGUCCUUCCUGGAGUUUGCCAAGUCCUUGGAGAAGAUGGACAUCGAGCAGAAAAUGAGCAUUCGGAUCCUGAAGUGA